AAAGAGAGUGUGAGAGAUGAGGUGAGGAAAAAAGCUGGGUUUUUUGGGUUCUUUCUUUUAGCUUUGGUUCUUGCUCUUGGAGCAGAGGGAGGAGAGGAAUGGGGAGGAUCUGGUUCCUCUUUGCUUGCAUUUGGGUUUCCAAUCUGAGCUUUAUCAAUGGCGAUACUGACUCCACUGAUACUUCCGUUCUCAAUGUAUUAUAUACCAGCCUGAAUUCACCAUCUCAGCUUACGGGAUGGACUUCGAAUGGUGGGGAUCCCUGUGGACAGUCAUGGAAAGGAGUUACAUGCUCUGAUUCAUCUGUUACCAAAAUAAAUUUGUCAGGUUUGGGACUUACUGGGACAUUGGCGUACAACAUAAACAGUUUGAACUCCCUGGUUGAGCUUGAUCUGAGCAACAAUAAUAUUGGUGGGGGAGGCCAAAUACCUUAUAAUCUUCCUCCAAAUCUUCAGAGACUGAAUCUUGCUGGUAACCAAUUUGGUCAAAGUCCCCCUUAUUUCAUUUCUCAGAUGGCUUCUCUUGAAUAUCUAAAUCUUGCUCGUAAUCAACUCCAAGGAAGUUUGAAUGUUGAUUUUAGCCAGCUCUCAAAACUUUCUACAAUAGACCUCUCAUCCAAUUCAAUGUCAGGCAGUCUUCCACAGAGUAUGAGUUCACUUUCAAGUUUGUCAACCUUAUAUUUGCAAAACAAUAAAUUCUCAGGUCAGAUAGAUGUUCUUGCUAAUCUGCCUCUUAAAGAUUUGAAUGUUGCAAACAACAACUUCAGUGGAUGGAUACCUGACCAGCUAAAGAAAAUAAAUAAUCUCCAAACUGGUGGUAACUCAUGGAACUCUGGGCCUGCACCACCACCGCCACCAUUUACACCUCCACCAGGUCGACGAGUAAGCCCAGGGAAUAGUCCAAAUGAUAAUGGUGGUUCUGGUGGCAAUGGAGGUGGAAAGAGUUCUGGUAUUGGUGGUGGCGGUGUAGCAGGGAUCAUUAUAUCUGUUUUGGUCAUUGGUGCCAUAGUUGCUUUCUUCUUGGUUAGAAGAAGAAGAAGAAGACGAACAUCUUCCACUCAAGAAAAUUUAGAACAAGACCAGCCUUUCACUCCCCUUGCUUCAAAUGAAGUUAAAGAAAUGAAGUCAAUUCAAGCAUCUUCUAUGAUUAACACAAACGUCGUGCCACCAUCUGCUUCUAUUAGCCUUAAACCUCCCCCAAGGCAUCACUCGUUUGAUGAGGAUGACUUUUCAAUGAAGCCUGUUGUAAAGAAAGCUAAUACUGCUCCGAUAAAGGCAACCGUUUAUUCUGUAGCUGACCUGCAGAUUGCUACAAAUAGUUUCAGCAUAGACAAUCUUGUUGGUGAGGGAUCCCUUGGACGCGUUUAUAGGGCACAAUUUAGUGAUGGGAAGGUUUUGGCUGUGAAGAAAAUUAAUGCUUCAGCCCUGCCUACCCAAUCCCUCGAUGACUUCAUGGAGCUAAUUUCAAACAUUUCUCGCUUGCACCAUCCAAAUUUGACAGAGCUGGUGGGCUAUUGCUCUGAGCAUGGACAGCACUUACUUGUGUAUGAAUUUCAUAAGAAUGGUUCCUUGCAUGAGUUCCUCCAUACUUCUGAUGAAUAUGACCACCCGUUGUCUUGGAAUACACGUGUGAAAAUUGCACUUGGUACUGCACGAGCAUUAGAGUAUUUGCAUGAAGUUUGCUCACCAUCUGUUGUUCACAAGAACUUCAAGUCAGCUAAUAUUUUAUUGGACACAGAGCUAAAUCCUCACCUUUCUGAUUGUGGGCUAGCAUCUCUAAUCCCAAAUCCGGAAUACCAGGCAGCAGACAGUAAUAUGGGCUCCGGGUAUAGCGCCCCAGAAGUUGCUAUGUCCGGCCAGUAUACUCUUAAAAGUGAUGUCUAUAGCUUUGGGGUGGUCAUGCUGGAACUCAUGACUGGGCGGGAACCUUUCGACAGCACAAGGGCAAGGUCUGAACAGUCACUGGUUCGAUGGGCAACUCCUCAGCUCCAUGACAUUGAUGCACUGGACAAGAUGGUCGAUCCUGCACUCAAGGGUCUAUACCCUGCCAAAUCGCUCUCGAGAUUUGCUGAUGUGAUUGCUCUCUGCGUUCAGUCUGAGCCAGAGUUUCGACCGCCCAUGUCGGAAGUUGUCCAGGCAUUAGUUCGUCUGGUUCAGAGGGCUAACAUGAGCAAGAGAAUGGUUGCCGGAGAAGGGCAGACUCCUCGCCGAGCUGAUGACCCUGAUUUUCAAGAUUACAUGGUGUAGAGCAUGUACCAGUUACCUUGCGCUAAGAUUUCCACCCAGAACUAUCAAUAUGUGAAUAUAUAUAUAUAUAUAUAUAUGCGUGCGCCCAGAAUUCUUUUGUAUUAAUUCAAAAGCUUACCAGUUACCAUGAUUCCAGUGGAAUGACUCAUCAGCAUUUUCAACAUUUGGUCUCUUUUCCAGACAAUUUGUAAUUUUCUCUUUGUAACGGGGGCAUCUGUUAUAGUAUAUACAUAAGAGCCUUCUGUAUAUGUAUGCCUCUUGUUUUGGUCCAGUUCAGUCUCACAAUAAAAACUAAGUUUUUUUUGCUCCUA